UGACUGACUGAUCGGUUAUGCCAAACUUUCUUCAAAAUACUUCAUGGCAUUGCACCGCACGGAAGUAUUUAUGGGACUACAUUGCGCCAAUAUGUGUAUGUGUGAGACUACAGCCCCAAAUGCCGCCAUAAAACGUGACAAAAACGGAGGAAUUCGAACGAGAUCCCAGACAAGACGACUUCGACAUGAAGAAGACCUAAAACAGAAGACAUGUUCCUGUCAGGGGGAUGGUGCUGGCUUUCUCUCCAAAACUGUGCAACCCAAAGACUCGUACGCUGAAUUUAGCCUUGAGUAUGGCAGGAGAAGAAUCUGGACUACCGUCUUCACUGUGUUACUUUUAAAUGCAUGUUUGCUGUGGUACACAGUGAGCUGUAUGCAAACCAAGUUGCAGUGGGUUCUAUACGUGUUAGGAGGCCUGCAGCCCUGCCUUCUUCUGUACUACCUCAACUUUGUGCACGUUCGAUCGGAGUCCAUACAGGCGGUGUCAUCUAUAGGAGUACAACUCACCACAACCUACACCACAGGCAGACAGCAGUCCCACUACUAUGACAUGGUGGAGAUACAAGAUGUGGUCAUAAAUGAAGUGGUGACUAUGCAUUCUGUAGUGUUCUACCUGGUUUUGCUCAUCAAAGAUCCCAGCAGUGGCAAUCUCAGGAGGGUCAUACCUGUGUUUAAGCAUUCCUACCCUAAACUGGACUUUUUGGUGAAAGUCUACAAUGGAGUGCAAGAUGUUCUUCAUCCAUCCUUGUCUUGAGUUUUGUUUGAUCCUUCAUUUAUUACCAGACGUCAUUAGUUACCAGUUUUCUGUGAAAAAUAGUACAGAACAGUGACCUUUGUUCCAUGGAAAAUGUAAAAUGAUAUAUAAACUCUGACUACACAGAACUAGCUUUGUAUGUCGACGUUGUAACAAAUGAAUACUAUGUGAAAGAAAAGGAUUGACCUGCAGAAGAAACAAGCUGAGUCAACCAAGUAAUGUCUAUUGUAUACUUAAUCUAGAAAUGCUGCUGAGUAACCCUUCCAAUCAGAAAUUGAACUAAAUGUCUAUAUGUAAGUCAGUAUAGAAGUGUUCAUAUAUAUAGGAAUACAUUAUGGGGACUAGUUUAUGCAAAGCCUUCUUGCCCCAAAAAAGAGACAGACUGUUUGAUAUGUGAUAUGGCAGGGAAGUUGCCCAUUUUUAAAGUGGCCUUUAAUAUAGGAGCUGUCUGUAAGAGUGUGUGUGAUGUGUACUUAUCAGGGGUUGUAACAAAUGAGAACAGAAUCUAUAGUC